AUGAUAACUUCCCAGAUGAUGGAGAUGUUGGUAGAUGCAGUGAUUCCUUCAGGCCCUAAGCGUCUGCAUGUGUAUGGUGUAGAUGAUGGUGAUAUUUUAGGAAUUAAAAAUGUCCAGUUGGAAAAGAUCAAGAUUGAAAAUUUAAAUAACAGUACAGAACAGAGCUUCCAGAUGCUCCGCAAAUGGUCGGCAACUUGUGCUCCAGAAGAAUUCACAUUCACAACACUCAGAGAAGCUCUUCUGAAAGCUGAGUGCUUGGACGUACUUGAAUAUCAACCUCAGACAGAACUACUGGAAACAAAUGCCAAGAGUGAAUCCAUUUUCAAUGUGGUCAAGAGCUUUAUUGACAAAAAGGACAUCCUACUGAAUAAUAUUGUAGCCUUUGCAACUGAUGGUGCACCAUCGAUGACUGGCUCUCAUCACGGCUUCAUCAGUGAUCUCAAAGUCAGUCUACCUGAUAUAUUCACGAUGCAAUGCGUGAUUCACCGACGUCUUUUUGCACGAAACCUCAGUGGUCGUCUUCACGGUUUCCUAAGCACGGUCAUCACUGCCACGAAUAAAAUCAAAUCUCAUGCUCUGAACUCUCGCCUGUUUCAACAGCUUUGCUUUGAAAACGACGAAGACUUUCAAAAGUUGCUGUUCCACACAGAAGUGAGGUGGUUACCACGGGGAAAUUGUCUGAAUUGCUUUUAUGCUUCGAUUGAUUCAAAAAGUUUGAGAACUUCUGGCCUACUCUAA